CUCUGAGUUCCUGGGCCAGAAGAGAGCCGCCCUUGGCUAGAGCUCCCUUCUGUCCACCAGUCUCCAUCCUGUACAGACACCCUUGGGGACAGGUGCUCACUGCUUCCACCCACAACAGCUGGGGUCAUAAGCAAGGCCCUCCUCAUUGCUGGGGUGGAGUUUGCCACCUGCAGCCUCUACCCCACGGCUGCCCCACUCUGACAGCACCUGCAGAUGUCCUGCCAUGAGCAUCGAGCCGCCAUGAGGCUGCCAUGUGACCAGCCACUGUCCCCCGACUCCUAGUCACAGUGAGUCCCGCACCAAAACAAGGGUAUCCGCUAUGGGCCCUGCCAGCUCUGAAUGCCCAGGUCUCUGCAUAGUCAGCCCCUAGGACUCUGAGCCUACCCCACAGCCAUCAGAGGAAUGGCCAGGGCUUGCAGCUGCUGUGUGUGCCGCCUGCUCCUGGGGCUGUUCACAGAGGGACUGGAGAAAGGAUGCAGUGGAGCAUGCUCAGUGCCAGCUUUGUGGGCCGCGCACCCUGGAUUCCGCCCUGAGCUGGGCCUCUGCAGGAGCCCAGUUAGGACUAAGAGAGAGCCAGGCGGUGGUGCUGUAGAACAUUACAUCCCCCAGCCCUGUCAGCCCAGACCCAGACCCCACGGGGCAGUCUCGCUUGGAGAGUGAGAGGAAGAAGAACAUGCUGACCUGGCUUGUUCCUACUCCCUGGGAUUGGCGUCAAUGGAGCAGGGCUCCCUCGAGGGGCCUGGUCUGGCCUCCUCCCCCUGUGGACUACGAGCUCUGGAAGUCCUCGGAGAAGAUCUGCCGACAGCUCAUCUACCACCUCACCCCUCACUCGAAGCAGCAGCAAGGGUCCAGCCUGUGCCAGAGGAAGACCCAGAGCUGCCUCAAGGGUAGCCUCCAGAAGACUCCACUGGCAGAGGAGACUGUGGACCUCUCAGGCAUCCCACUGUCGGUACGGGACGUGCAGCACAUCACACACUAUCUGAGCAGCCACGGUGCUGUGCUGGUGGUGCUGGACCUGAGCUUCACAGGGCUGAGUGAUGAGCUGCUGCACCUGCUGCUGCCCAGCCUGUGGGCGCUGCCCCGCCUCACCCAGCUCCUGCUCAACGGCAACCGGCUGACGCGGGCUGCUGCCUGCAAGCUCACCGACGCCAUCAAGGACACCACCAAGUUCCCUGCACUGGCCUGGGUAGACCUGGGCAACAACGUGGAUGUGGCUUCCCUGCCCCAGCCCCUGCUGGUUGGCCUGCGCCGGCGGCUGAGCCAGCGCACCUCACUCCCCACCAUCUACGAGGGCCUGGACCUUGAGCCUGAGGGUGGUGCAGCUGGAACCACCACCCCUGCCUCCACCUGGGACUCCACAGGUGCUGGGCUGGGACCCGAGCCCCGGGCCUGCUGCACCAGGUGACCCACCACCCACCUGGCUCAUUGCUACUGACUUGUGAUGCUCUAAAGCACAUGGUAGUGGGCCAUGAAGGUCGAGGAGGACUCACAGGCCCCCAGAGAUCCAGUGCAAAUGCUCAGCCUGAGAUUAAGGGGACAGAAGGAGAAUGGACUCAUAGGAGGCCAGGAGGCCAGCCCCGGCUAGAGGCUCAGGCUUCCCUCAGUGGGAGGAGCCCCAACACCCAUAGUGUGGACCCCGCAAUAAAGAGUGACACCCGCC